UUUAUAGCUAUGAGGCUUAAACCAAACCAGGGUGUUUUAUUUUUGUGUCUCUUAUGGCUUUACAUUGGCCAAACAUGUGGUGUAAGCCUUGAAAUAGUGCAAAAAGAUGAGACACAUCAUGAGGCAAGGUCUGAGAAUAUUCAAACUGGGACAAUUACUUUCGGCACAGGGAAUAUUUCACUGGGUCGAAAUCUGGACUAUGAGAGACGAUAUGUUGGAGAAAACACUACAGACGAUGGCUCCGUUAACGUUCAAGCCGACGAUCCAGGCCUGGUGGGUGGACAAAGCGGCACUCAUGACUUUAGGGCCUGGGAUCGUAUGCGACCAAAGUUAUUAUGUACUAAUGACCUCAUGAAGUUCUCUGCACAAGGCCCUGGAUGUUCUUCACUCCAGUUAGACAGCGGUGGCACACCUCUCUCACUACACCAGCUACGUCGAGAGUGUGGCUACUCUGUGAAAAGGACUGCGGUGGGCCUCGUGCUUCUCGCCACUUUUGAUGGUUGUGAUGUUAUAAAACAGGGCAAUAGCCACUUGCUGCAGAUGUUGUGGCACGGCAAUCCAGUAACCCUCUCCUGCCCUGCAUCAAGCUCAGACCAAGCCUCUCUAGUUGUAUCCACUACUCCAGCUCCAACUACCGAAGCACCUUCUACAGCUGCUGAGCUUCCUCCACAGAAUCAACAGUGGAUGAAUCCCCUCUUUGGAGGCUACUACCCUGUAAUGCCUGUGAAUAUUCCCCCUCAAACUACAGAAGCACCUACCACAGCGGCUGAGCCUCCUCCACAGAAUCAACAGUGGAUGAAUCCCCUCUUUGGAGGCUACUACCCUGUAAUGCCUGUGAAUAUUCCCCCUCAAACUACAGAAGCGCCUACCACAGCGGCUGAGCCUCCUCCACAGAAUCAACAGUGGAUGAAUCCCCUCUUUGGAGGCUACUACCCUGUAAUGCCUGUGAAUAUUCCCCCUCAAACUACAGAAGCGCCUACCACAGCGGCUGAGCCUCCUCCACAGAAUCAACAGUGGAUGAAUCCCCUCUUUGGAGGCUACUACCCUGUAAUGCCUGUGAAUAUUCCCCCUCAAACUACAGAAGCGCCUACCACAGCGGCUGAGCCUCCUCCACAGAAUCAACAGUGGAUGAAUCCCUUCUUUGGAGGCUACUACCCUGUAAUGCCUGUGAAUAUUCCCCCUCAAACUACAGAAGCGCCUACCACAGCGGCUGAGCUUCCUCCACAGAAUCAACAGUGGAUGCAUCGUCGGUCUAGAGGCCACUGGGGUCAUGGGUCUAAAGGCUGCUGGAGGCAUCCUUAAGGUCGGUGAAGAAUCCCUCAAACUACUACUGCUCC